AUGGAGAUCGAUUAUCACUCUCGUCUAACAGCUAUUCUAGAUGUUGUACGAAUUCUUUUAGUACAAGGUCUUGCAUUCCGUGGUCAUGAUGAGUCUUCAAGUUCUAAAAAUAAGGGGAACUUUCUGGAGAUACUCAAUUGGUAUGCCAAAAGGGUUGAGAAGGUUGGGAAUGUUAUUAAUGAAAAUGCUCCUGGGAAUAAUCAAUUAACUUCUCCAAUGAUUCAAAAACAACUGGUGAAUGCAUGUGCUGCAGAGACAACAUUAGCAACUAUUAAUGAAAUUGAUGACAGUAAUUUCUCACUAAUGGUUGAUGAGUCUCGGGAUAAAUCAAUAAAAGAGCAAAUGGCAGUCAUUUUGAGGUUUGUGAACAAGCAAGGUCAGGUUGUUGAAAGAUUUCUUGCGAUUCAGCAUGUAACUGACACUUCAGCAUUUUCUCUAAAAGUAACUUUAGAUGAAUUAUUUGCUCGUCAUGGUCUAUCAAUUUCAAAAUUGAGAGGACAAGGGUAUGAUGGAGCCUCAAAUAUGAGAGGAGAAUUUAAUGGUCUGAAGACAUUGAUUUUAAAGGAAAAUCCUUUCGCAUUUUAUAUCCACUGCUUCGCCCACCAACUACAAUUAGUAGUUGUUUCUGUUGCCAAGGGAAAAGGAAAGCAUCAAGAGACAAAUCUUGCAAAAGUAGGAGAUACUCAUUGGGGUUCACAUUUUACAACUUUGAUUCAUCUCCUGACAAUGUGGGAAUCAGUUUUGGAGGUGUUACAAAAUGUGUGUCAAGAUGGAUCAGUUGCAGAUCAAAAAGGUUUGGCUUCAAGCUUGAUUAGUAAAAUGGAAAGCUUUGAGUUUGUCUUUGUCUUGCAUUUGAUGAUGAAAGUGUUGGGGAUCACAAAUGAAUUAUCAAAUGCUUUACAACAGAAAGAUCAAAAUAUUGUCAAUGCAAUGGCAUUAAUUGAUACUGUAAAAGAUCGUAUUCAAUAUUUAAGGGAUAACAGAUGGAAUGAGUUAUUAGAAGACGUUCGAAGUUUUUGUGAUAGAAUGUAUAUUCCAGUGCCUAACAUGGAAGACAAAAUACCAGUUCGGGGCCGUUCUAGGCGUGAAGGAUUCCAUCAUGCCAAGCUACUUCGUCUUGCAGAAAUUUAUUAUGAUAAUUUUUCUAUACAAGAUCUUCAAGUUCUAAAAGAGCAACUUCACACAUACAUUCAUGAUGUUAGAAGAUGUUCUGAUUUUGUUGAAUGUGAUCAUCUUGCAAGUCUUGCUGUGAAACUAGUUGAAAGUAGAAAGCAUUUGGUAUUUCCGUUGGUUUAUCCCCUUAUUGAAUUAGCUUUGAUUUUACCGGUGGCAACGACAUCAGUUGAAAGAUCCUUCUCGGCCAUGAAUAUCAUCAAAACCGAUUUGCGCAAUAAGAUAGGAGAUGAAUGGUUGAAUGAUAUGAUGAUAUGCUAUAUCGAACGCCAAGUGUUUGAAACAAUUGAUGAUGAAGCUAUUUUGGUUCGAUUUCAGAAUAUGCAAAACCGAAGGAUUCAACUCCCACUUCGUUAG